UUCUAGAUGCCAGCUGCUCCCCUGGCUGCUCCCGCAGGCUCCCACUCCAGGAAGAAUCCACUGGAGCUGAAAGACGACCCAGACGUGGAGUGUCCCAUCCCAAAGCGAGCUCGAAGCGAGUCCCAGACCAUGCCACCGCCCUGCCUGCUGCCCCCGAGCCCACCCCCUGCUCCGGACCGAGCUCCGGCGGUGGCUCCUGCCUCCAGGCUUGGGCCAUAUGUCCUCCUGCAGCCCAAGGAGGACGGGCGAACCUACCGGGCCCUGCACUGCCCCACGGGCACCGAGCACACCUGCAAGGUGUACCCGGCCUGUGACUCCCGCGCCGUGUUGGAGCCCUACGCGCGGCUGCCCCGCCACGAGCACGUGGCCCGGCCCACGGAGGUCCUGGUGGGCACCCAGCACCUCUACGUCUUUUUCACUCGGACCCACGGGGACAUGCACAGCCUGGUUCGCAGCCGCCGCCGAGUCCCUGAGCCUGAAGCCGCUGCGCUGUUCCGUCAGAUGGCCGCCGCCGUGGCGCACUGCCACCAGCAGGGGCUGGUCCUGAGGGAUCUCAAACUGCGACGCUUCGUCUUCACCAACCGUGAGAGGACGAGGCUGGUGCUGGAGAACCUGGAGGACGCCUGCGUCCUGACGGGCCCCGACGACUCCCUGUGGGACAAGCACGCGUGCCCGGCCUACGCGGGGCCCGAGAUCCUGAGCUCGCGGGCCUCCUACUCGGGCAGGGCCGCCGACGUCUGGAGCCUGGGUGUGGCGCUCUUCACCAUGCUGGCCGGCCACUACCCCUUCCAGGACACGGAGCCUGCUCUGCUCUUUGGCAAGAUCCGCCGCGGGGCCUUUGCCCUGCCCCGGGGCCUCUCCGCGCCUGCGCGCUGCCUGGUGCGCUGCCUGCUCCGCCGGGAGCCCGCUGAGCGGCUCACGGCCCCGGGCAUCCUGCUGCACCCCUGGCUACGGGGGGACCCCGUCGCCUCAGUCCCAUUCCGCUCCCGUCUCUGGGAAGCUGACCAGGUGGUUCCCGAUGGGCCGGGGCUGGAGGAGGCUGAGGAGGAGCUGGGCGAAGGGGAGGUGGGUCUGUACGGCUAG